AUGGCUGAUGAUUUCUCGUCAUCGAUGCCAACUCCAGAGUCUCCUUCAAGUAUACCUUUCAACGAUGAAUCGACCGCGCUUCUACCAAAGGUGCCUCUGGCUGGUGCACAAACUAAUACUCCCCAAUAUCGGCAAUGGCUAGCUGAAAUAUGGCUCUUGACCAAGGCGUCUAUCCCCGUGAUAUUGGCUUAUACACUCCAAAACAGCCUUCAGACCAUCUCUGUCUUGAUCGUAGGCCGUCUCUCUCCAGAAGCAUUAGCUACGGCUGCUUUCUGCUACAUGUUCGCAAUGGCCACAGGCUGGUUAGUCGCCAUGGGCGGCACAACAGCGCUAGACACCCUCGCAUCGACGAGCUUCACCGGCUCUCAAGACAAGCAUGACCUUGGAAUCCUGCUACAACGCGGCAUCAUAGUACUGACCGCAUUCUACGCCGUCGUAACCGUAAUAUGGGGGUUUUCCGGUCCCUUAUUCCGAGUCCUUGGACAGGAAGAAUUCAUCUGCGUCGAAGGGAGCAAGUUUCUACAUAUUCUAAUCCCAGGAGGCCUGGGAUACGUGUGGUUCGAAUCGAUGAAGAAGUAUUUACAGGCGCAGGAGAUAUACAGGCCGGGAACAUAUGUGCUCCUGAUCACGUCGCCGCUUAAUGCAUUGCUCAACUACCUCUUCAUUUAUCCUCUUGGUUUGGGCCUCUACGGUGCCCCUCUUGCAACGGGUAUAUCAUACUGGAUUUCGUUCCUGCUUCUCGUCGCAUACGCAACCUUCAUACACGGCCACGAAUGCUGGGGUGGCUUUGCUCCCCGUCGCGCGGCCUCGAAUCUUUGGCCGUUCGCACGUCUGGCCUUCUUGGGAGUUAUUCACGUGGGCACGGAGUGGUGGGCUUUUGAGAUUGUUGCUCUGGCUGCUGGCAGACUUGGCACUAUCGCGCUCGCCGCACAGUCCGUCAUCAUGACGGCCGAUCAGGUCAUCAACACGAUCCCUUUCGGUCUAGGCGUCGCCGCCUCGGCUCGGAUAGGUAACCUCCUAGGAGCACGGAAGCCCCGCGAUGCAGCACGCGCUGCCCACUGCGCUGCCAUCUUAUCUACGAUUCUGGGCGCCGUUAUACUCACCAUUCUGAUGAGCACUAGAAAUGUUUUUGGCAGGAUCUUUAACGACGAUGACCGCGUAGUCCGGCUCGUCGCAGACGUCAUGCCUUUUGUCGCCCUGUUCCAGAUCGCUGAUGGGCUGAACGGGAGUUGCGGUGGUGUACUCCGAGGCAUGGGGCGACAAUGGAUUGGUGCUCUUGUUAAUCUACUCAGCUACUACGGCGGUGCGCUACCAGCGGGAAUCUACCUUGCUUUCCAUGGAUGGGGUCUUCAAGGCCUAUGGGUUGGACAAUGUGUUGCUCUAUACCUAGUUGGAAUCCUUGAGUGGGUGAUUGUCGGGUUAAGUAAAUGGGACAAGGAGGUUGAUAGAGCGCUAGAUAGACUUGAUGCUGAUGAGGCUGGGGAUAAUUACGCCACUGGAAUAGGAGAGGUUACAGCUCGGAGUGAAGUGUAA